UUCGAGAGGCGCAUCAAUGGCAGCCGAUGCGAUCGCAGUGGCGAAGGAGGCGCUGAAACCCUCGCGGUCCGACGAGGAGGACGAGCGGGCGUCCUUGUUUUCCUCCUACAUCGGCCUCAGUUUCGCCCUCUUCCUGGGGCUCCUGCCUAAGUCCUCGGCGGCGUACGUGUCGUCGCUCCAGUCCCGCAACAGGAUCCUGGCCAUGAAGCUGUUCGAGGCGGAGGACCAGCUCCGGCAGCUGCGGUCGCGGCGGAAGGAGGACGCCAAGGCGAACGCCCGGGUGACGGAGAUAUACGCCGGGCACCGGACCCGGUGGCAGCAGGAGGAGAAGCGCCUCCUGCAACGGAUCGACGCCGCGGACGAGGAGGCUGCGUCCCUGAGGGCGCGGAUAAAGGAAACGGAGCGGGCGGAGGCGGAGCUGAGGGCCGCGGUGGAGCGGCUGGAGAAGGAGGUGGCUGAGAGGGACGAGAUGCUCGAUUUCAUGGCCAGGAAGGUGGAGGGCGACGGGUUCUCGGAGAAGGGGGUGAUGGGGGCCGAUGGCGGGCUGGAGCCGAUGGACCACGGCGAGCUUGACCGGGAGUUCUCGGGGGUUAGGGUUUCCGGCGCUUUGGAGCCGGUUCUGGAGGAGCGCUUCUUGGCCCGGAACGGGGAAUUUGAGGGAAUGGCGGAUCUGUUCGCUCAUCAAAACAACUAUGUGAAGGAGUUCCUGAUGCCGCCUGUGGAUAUGAAACUGUGGAUGGAUCGAUCGGCUGGAUGGCAGGACAUGCAAUAUGACUCACUUGAAUCAACACACAAUAUGAAGCAUUUGGUGGCAAGGAGGGAGUCCCCAUGGAAGGUUGAUGGUGAAUCAUCAGGUGUUUCUUCCAAGCUUAAAUUGCUGGAGCAGGAAUUGGUUAACCUUGAAAAACUAGGAAAAGAAGAUCCGUCCAAGAUCCUGUCAUUAAUGAGGAAGCAAUCCAAGAGAUACCAAUCUCUUGCUGGCAAAAUCGAUGAUCUAUGCAGGAAAAUGCGACUAAACGACCCCUGUGAUCCGACACUCAGUCCAGAGUUCAGGACACAGAGGCAGACCGAGUUCUUGCUCGAAGCCUUUCGCCUGCAACAUACUGCUUCCGAGACAAGACAGAAGCUGAGCACGCUCCAAGCCGAGGCAACAAAGAGCUAUCUGGGAGAUGACCUAACAGUGAAAGACAAAUUGAACACAAGAAGAUCCUUGGAUUCUAUCCGGAACAACUUCAAAGAGAUACAGAGGAACUUGGAGAUCUGGCUAGCGAGAAUCAUGGGUGAUUUGGAGGGCAUCUUAGCAAGGGAUGGUGCUUCACGUGUAAGAGAUUACUAUUCAUCUCCAUUCCCCUUCGGCCGAUGACUAUGAAAUCAGGCAUAUUUCCAGCCAGUUCUUCUUCUAAUCCCUCAAUAAUGUAUAGUCAGUCGCACCAUGAUACUCACACCAAGCUUACCCUUUUCUAUAUGCGAAUACAUAUUCGUUCUUGUUUCC